CUUGUUUCAACAGCCUAGCUUCAGUUUCCCCAAAAUGCGUGGCUAUCACCGAAAAACCCACUGUGAAGUUGAGAGCCAUGCCAUGCAACAGGUCGAAUACUACUUCUCAAGCCAGAAUCUGCCGCAUGACAGGUACAUGUGGGCUCAACAUGGCGCCAGCGCGGAGCAUUGGGUCCCGAUCGCGAUUAUAGCGUCGUUCCCGCCCAUGCUUCAGUAUGAGCAACAUGGCCUGAGCUGGAUCGCGGACGCUCUUCGCCAAAGCAAGCAAUUGGAGGUGGAUGCAAACGGCACACAUGUUCGCCGAAUUAAAGAGGCUCGGUGGGAUGAUGAUAAGCUCGAUCGUAGUAUCUAUGCUAAAGGGUUUGGCGUAGAGGUGAAAGGCAUGCUUGAAGAAUUACGGGCGUUCUUCGAUGCGUACGGCAAGGUCAACCAGGUUCGCAUGAGGAGAAGGGCAGGAAGCUUCAAGGGCUCCGUGUUUGUUGAAUUCGCUGACAUUCGUUCGGUGGAGAUCUUUCUCAACGCCGACCCUAAGCCAUCAUGGAACGGGCAUGAACUGCUUAUCAUGACCAAGGAGGCAUACUGCAACAUGAAGAUUGUACAGCUUGGCAUCAGAGAUAGUACAGGCACCCUCCUCAGGCCCGCAUAUACGAACACUUCGAUGAUGCAGUGCAGAAAUCAGAAUGAUGUCGCUGCCGCAGUACAUGCAAGGGUUAGCGCGGAAACUGGGGGGACCCUAGUGGAUCCGACUGCAUCUGCGACUCCUGAGAUUCAUGGUGGAAGUGAUGGAAAGCGGAAGCGUGCAGUGGACCGGAGGUCCGACUUCGAUCACGACGACUCUGAUGAGGACGGCAUGCAACUGCAUACCACAAAGAAGGCGAAGACUACGAACAGCGAAAAGCGAAAGCGUGCAUCAGAGCCCGAAGACAACCUUGAGGAUGACAAAUCUGACGAAGCUGCCAUGAUGUCGCAUAGCGCAAAGAAGGCGAGGACAACGUAGGGUGUGUAUGUGCUCGGCAUUCUAGUGAACGCUGGAGGAACGGCCUAUGUCAGUGAUGCUCAUAGUACCGAUAACAUGUAAUAUACAACAUGACGGGGUUUUAUGCGCUUGUUUUUAUGAUACUGUCGACAACCCUAGCGCUCGACGAUCGGCUUGUUCUGUGCCUCGACGCGUUGUUUCAAG